GUAACAGCGCAUGCGCACUCCAGAGCGAGUCAUUCGGCUACGUGUACCCAGUGAGUGUAGAAGAGUGAAGGUAACUCACUUCUGCUGGGAUUAAUCUGUUGGAAGACCUUAAAACCUCCCAGAACAGCUACACUAUGGGAGGCGCUCAGAGCCUGGAGAUACCUGGAGGAGGCUCCGAGGGGUACCACGUCCUCCGGGUCCAGGAGAACUCACCUGGACACCGAGCAGGACUGGAACCGUUCUUUGACUUUAUCGUCUCCAUCAACAACACCAGACUGAACAAGGACAACGACACCUUGAAGGACCUGCUCAAAGCUAGUGUGGAGAAACCUGUUAAGAUGCUGGUCUACUCCUCGAAGACGCUGGAGCUGCGGGAGACCACUGUGACUCCAAGCAACCUGUGGGGGGGGCAGGGUCUGCUCGGUGUCUCGAUUCGUUUUUGCAGCUUCGAAGGAGCCAAUGAAAAUGUUUGGCAUGUGCUGGAAGUAGAACCCAACUCCCCAGCAGCCCUCGCUGGCCUGCGGCCGCACACGGACUACAUCAUUGGAGCCGACACUGUUAUGAAUGAGUCGGAGGACCUGUUCUCUUUGAUAGAGAGCCACGAGGGAAAGGGUCUGAAGCUUUACGUGUACAACACAGACACCGACAACUGCAGAGAGGUGGUCAUUACACCCAACAGUGCUUGGGGAGGGGAGGGCAGCCUUGGAUGUGGGAUUGGUUACGGAUACCUCCACAGGAUUCCCACCCGGCCUUUUGAGGAGGGAAAGAAAAUCAGCUUCCCACCAAACUCCUCGAGUGAGCCUGUCGGCCCACUCAAGGACGGGUUCACCGAGGUCCAGCUUUCAGCCGUGACUCCUCCUCCUUCUACACCUGUGGUCUCCUCCAGCCUUGAAGACUCACUUUCCAGUCUGUCGAUCAGCUCAGCCCCGCCCACCAUGCCCAGUGAGCUGCAGACAGGCUUACCCACAGUCCCUCUCCUCCCCUCCUCCACCGGUCCCUCCUUCGCCUCCAUGACUCCACUGCAUCCUGCCGCUACUAACUUCAACCCAACCACAACGCUACCAGGUCUGAUGCCCCUCCCAGGUGGAUUACCCCCACUUCCCAACCUCCCCAACCUGAACCUGCCACUUCCAGAUCUCAGUGCCGUUUCACUGGGAGGAACCAGCUCCUUACCGCCGCUACCGGCUGGAACAACAGUGCCAUCCCUGGCUCCACUGCCGCCUCUGAACCUACCAGGUCUCGCCCCGUUGCCUCCUCUGCCCACCAUGCUUCCCUCCCAGCUGCCUCCUUUGCUCUCCCAGGCCGCGGCCCCUCUUGUCCCCAUCUCGGCAUCCAUCCCUCCAGCCUCGGUCACGCCUGCGACUAACCUGGCCGUCGACGCUGCAGCCUCCACAGAAGCCACGGAACAGCCUGCUCCCACGGGAACAACGCUAACAUCAUCCUAAGAAAGCGGAGGAAGGACUCCCCUCACCUUCUGACACCUGGUUUCUCUCUGUCUCCCAUCUGUCUUUCUAUGUUUUUCUAUUUAUUUUGCCAGGAGAGGGGGCAGACAGAUACAACCAUUCAGACACUUUUGUGGGUGAGUAGGCUCGUGUGGAACGUUGUGAAGAGAGGACGGUUCUGGAUUGUUCUGUCUAACGUGUCUGUACUGUACCGGAGCAGAACUGAGCUACUGUAUAAGGAGGAGGUUUGGUCUCUGGGUUGUACUCUUCUGCAGUCACAUCAGGGCAGAACUCUCUGAGAACCUUUUUUCUUUUUGCUUUCCAUAACCAUUGUAAGAUGACGGGGCUGGCUGAUGAACAGUCUUCACUGGUGUGUCUCUGUCAUGAAGUGGGCUUAAGUAAAAACUGCGCUGCUGUAGUAAAACAAUGACUGUAAACAUGUAAUCCUGACAUGUCCAGCUCCGACCUUUUUUAUUAUUUAGAUUUUGACACCCCAACCCCACAUGAUUGAUUCAUCUUUAUGUCCAAGGUUAAAUGAAUGACUCGGCAUUAUUUUGCACCACCUUUUGUGUUUUGAAAUGAUUAGUCUCCAUAUAUAUGCAGAACUCUAUCAUACACGCUGUUUUCAGCAGUCUGUAAGAGGCUGAAGGCCAGACGAGACGCUGACCAGCGUGUGCCGUAAACACGGCUGGUUGGGUCCUUCUUGGGAUGGCUGAAGUGAAUUGUGGGUAAAGCUGCAGCCACAAGGUGUCUCUGUAAAAGCAUGGAAGCAUCUGCUGGAUACACAGCCCGAGCAAUAAAGCCAAAUGAAUUUUAAA